GUUUUUAACUGUUUGUCACUUUUUUAAUAGCUGGGGCGUUAAUAGCUGCCGUUACGAUAGUUGUCUUGUGGUGGUUAAAAUGUUUUUCAUAAAAUUUUAUAUCUAUGUAGGGUCCUCAACAGAUGUGUGUGCCUUCAUCAAGGCCAGAGGGGAGGCAGAGUAUCUUUUCACCGGCCACAGAAACACGGCAAUGGAAGGAUGGAAACAGGUGCUUGAUUCCAUCGGCCUUGCAGGCAUGGUCAGCCCACUUCAGGCCCGCAAGAAGUGGGAUAACCUAAAAUCAAAGUAUAAGGAGCUGAAGUGCCCACCCACAGGCACUGGGACAGACAAUGGGGAGGAUACGGCUGCCUCGUGGCCAUGGUACUCUGCCAUGGAUGAGCUGCUUGGUCAGAGGCACUCCAUCACACCACCCGUGCUGCGUGCCUCUUUGCCCUGCAGCUCAUCCAUGGCAGAGCCCAACUCUAUGGGUGCCGUGUCCUCCCCACAGAGAAGUGUGUCCUCCCCACCACCGAGAGAGGAGAGCCAGGAACCACCGAGGAAGAGGAGGUACAACAUGGCUUUUGUGGGGGAGAUGAUGGAGAGGGCGGAGGCCUCUGAAGCGGAAAGGCAGCGGAGAGAGAUGGAGCGGCAGGAGAGGGCCGAACUCAGAAUGGAUAAGCUUCUGGCUAUUAUGGAGCGGUUGGCCGAAAAAUAAAAAACAAUAACAAUUACAAUACCA